GUCAAUAACAUACACGUUUAAAAUGACGCCUCACGACAGAUUAUGGUUAUUUUUAAAAUCAUCUUCACUACGAUGAAUAUUUAUAUAAUAAUUACCAAUACUAUUUACACAGAGUCGUUAGAAAUUUAUUGCAGAGACAAAGACCGGUUGAUUGUUUCGGAUACUUUGGACGAGUAUCUGUUAGUUGACGCCGUGCUUGGCUCAACUAUAAAACUUCAGUGUCAUUUUUGUCAAGAGUUGAGUAACAAAGAAGCAAGACUGUGGUACGUGCAAGACAGAUUCAAAGAUUUUGCUGAAGUUGAAGUUCAGUUCGAUAUGAACAAUAACGCGUCCUACGAUCGUGUUCACUUGACUUCGGACUCUGAUCUGGUUUUUAUGAGCUUUGAAAAGGAAGAUGCUGGAAUUUAUAGGUGCCAUGGACAAUUGGGAGAGGAUGUAGAAAAUAAAUUUAAUUAUCGACUCGAACCAAUUUUUGAAAGAAAUCAAACGCGUGAUAAAAUUCAUUACGGAAAUUUAACAGAUUAUGAAGAAUAUAGACAAAUAAAUUUAGUUCCUGUAGCUCAUAGAUUUGCUGUAUCAUUAAUGAAGCCUCUGGCAAAGAUACGCGAAGCUGGAAUAAUUCUAGAAGUAAUAACAGAGUGGUCACCAUGGACUCCUUGCGCAAGAUGCGCAGAAAACAGAGGCAUAAAGACCAGCCUUGCUCAAUGUCGACUAAGAAGUCGCAUCUCACCUGCCAAACCAAUAUUAAAAAACGGAGACUUUGAAUUUUUCUUCACAAGAUCUCCGCUGCUGCCUUGCAGGUCGGUCUUGUUAAACUUCCUGUUUCCAGCAGUAAGCGCAGUGGUGAGAAAUUUACCAGAAUUUUUAUUAGAACAACCGUGCGAUAAUUGCAAGAAGAAGAAAAAAGCUAGAAAAGACAAAUUUAAGUACAAGAAGACGUUGACUUUAAUGGAGGGCGAGCAUUUUUCGAUAGGGUGUCCUGACGCAGAUGUGGACUCGGUUGUCAUCUGGAGAAAAGACGGACUUAUUAUGAAACCGGGAAUCAAAACAGUGUACAGUUUAUUUGAGAAUGAAAAUGAACAUCACGCUCACGUUGAUCCUUUUUUGACGCUCUAUCUCGUGCAAGUUACUCAAAAUGAGAAGGGCAAUUACACUUGUUACAUCGACGGUCAGAAGAUUUUGCAGCUUAGGAUUUAUAUAAGGUCCAAUGAAGCCUUUUUUACCUCAGCUUUUCUUCGACACAUGAAGUACUUAGGAUACGUGCUACUAAUAGCGUUCUUCGGCUACUGCGCAGGAGUCUUCAUACUCUGGAGAAACCGGCACAAGUAUCCGAAAUAUACCUUCGAAAAAUUCAUGGAAGAGCGUGGUAAAAAAAAAGACCAAGAAGAGCAGGAAUUUUUGUGGAUGGAGGAAGCUGUUGGCGAUUAAUUUUUCUAAUCAGCACAAUGUUGAUGAUUAGAUUUUAAUUUAAACGACAUUGGACUUUUAACUAAAAGGAGAUAUUUAUAUUUAUAUUAAUUUAACCAGUUUAAUUCAACAGU